AUGGCGAGUGUUAGCAACGAGAACUGCUCGAGGGAACCCUGGCCCAAGAUACAGUUCAGUUGGUACCUACAAUCUGACCAAGAGGGAUCUAAUGCUGGGAAUCUCCAAGGCCUAAAUUACAUCAUUUUGGCUUGGGCGCCGGAGCACUGGCAAUACCGCCUUCUUCUGACAAUUCCGGUGCUGGGCGGGCCCACUUUAUAUUUCGCUUUAGCCCCUUUUGGAACGCUUUACUAA